ACAUUAACCUUGACAACUCCAAAGUCUAAACCCAAAUCUCCCUUUUUGUGAUUGGCUCAUCUCACUUUCUCUAUUUUUUUAUUUUUAUUCUUUCCCUCUCCCCUAAUAUAUUUAUUUCCUUGUUUAUUUUCAUUCACACUAUAUCAAAAUUAAAUAAAACAAAAUCCAUUCUUAUUAUUCUUAUUAUUACUAUUUCUUCGCUUUCUCAUAAAACUUCAUCUUUGCAAAAAUCCUCUUUUAUCUUAGGGUUAGGGUUUUCUUCUCUUCGAUCGAUCAACAAAUUUUCUUCGCGAGAGUUGAGGAGAGAGAAAGCCAUGGGAGCUGAAGGAGAUUCGAGCGAUACUACUACAACUGUUGCCGCUGCUGAAGUUUCCGUCAACAUUCGGUGCUCUAAUGGCUCUAAGUUUUCCGUGAAAACGACGCUUGAUUCCGAUGUCGGAGCUUUUAAAUCUCUUGUUGCGCAAAACUGCGAUGUUCCUGCCGAACAGCAGAGGUUGAUCUACAAAGGUCGUAUCCUUAAAGACGACCAAACCCUGGAAAGUUAUGGUUUGCAAGCGGAUCACACCAUCCACAUGGUUCGUGGUUUCGCGGCGUCUGCAGCGAUUGCUCCAUCUGGAACUGCAAGUGCUGUCGCCUCUGACACUGCUCCUGCUGCUACACCUGCUGCUGUCCCAACAGAAGGUGGUGGCUUAGGAACUGCUGGUCUUGGGGCUUCCUUAUUUCCUGGGCUUGGUCUGGGUGGUCUAGGUGGGACCGGUGCUUCUGGGUUACUUGGAGCUGGGCUUCCAGAUUUUGACCAGAUGCAGCAGCAACUCACCCAGAACCCAAAUAUGAUGAGAGAAAUAAUGAACAUGCCGGCCAUUCAGGGUCUGAUGAAUAAUCCAGACCUUAUGCGAAACCUGAUUAUGAGCAAUCCUCAAAUGCGUGAUAUAAUUGACCGGAAUCCAGAACUGGGACAUAUAUUAAACGAUCCUAGCAUUCUCAGGCAGACCUUGGAAACUGCAAGGAAUCCUGAGCUCAUGCGUGAGAUGAUGCGUAACACUGACCGAGCUAUGAGCAACAUUGAAUCCUCCCCUGAAGGUUUUAACAUGCUCAGACGUAUGUAUGAGAAUGUGCAGGAACCAUUUCUGAAUGCCACCACAAUGGGUGCGGAUACAGGAAAUAAUACUAGCUCCAACCCGUUGGCUGCUCUUUUGGGGAAUCAUGCUGCUAGUGGUGGACAAACAAGAGAUGCUUCCAACAACCCAUCAACAACUGGAUCUGAAUCCGCAACCCCAAACACUAAUCCACUUCCAAACCCCUGGGGUAACAGUGGAGGAGGCACCCAAACAAAUAGUGCUCCCAGGGUAAACCCCUCUGGUGAUGCAAGGCCACCACCUUUAGGUGGUUUAAGUAGCCUUCCUGAGAUGGAUCGCAUGUUUGGUGGAGUUCCAGAUGCAUCAGCGAUGAAUCAGUUAAUGCAAAACCCUGCAGUCUCUCAGAUGAUGCAAAGCAUGCUAUCCAACCCACAGUACAUGAAUCAGAUCCUUAAUAUGAGUCCUCAGCUGCGUGCUUUGACUGAUUCAAACCCUCAACUUCGAGAGAUGAUGCAAAACUCUGAUGUGCUUCGUCAGAUGACCUCUCCUGAGAUGAUGCAGCAAAUGCUAGCUGCACAGCAGUCUCUUCUAUCUGGAAUGAACCGUUCCCAGACGAACCAAGAUCAAUCGCCGAACGCGAAUGCAGGUGCUGCAGGAAAUGCAAACAAUAUGGGGCUGGAUAUGUUGAUGAAUAUGUUUGGUGGUCUUGGAGCCGGUGGCUUAACUACACCAGAAAAUUCAAAUGUACCACCUGAAGAACUGUAUGCAACUCAAUUGACCCAGCUCCAAGAAAUGGGUUUUUUUGACGCCCAGGAGAAUAUAAGGGCUCUGCAAGCUACUCGUGGUAAUGUCCAUGCUGCAGUGGAGCGACUAUUGGGAAAUAUGGGUCAGUGAUAUCAUGUUUCAGAGAAUUCCAUUUCAAACAGAGUUUGCCAAGGAACAGUCUUUUGUGGAUUCGGUAAAAUUGGUACACCCACAUUAGUGUCUCACUAAAGAUGGAAAACACAAGCUCGGAAGCUGAGAUUUGCAUUUCGGGCGUGUGAAUAAGCUAAAAAACAAAGUUACGCAAAUGUGAUAGAGUUGUGACUUCUGGAUAUAGGCUCGUAUCUUGCUCAAAAUUAGACUCUGCACUCUUCUUUGCCCUUUCCCCUCUCCUCCCAAAAAUCCUUGAAGCUUAUGUACAUACACAAUUUUAAUGGUUAUCUGUGGAAUGUUUGAUUUGAUUUUUUUGGGGCCUUAUGUAUUGUUCUUUUCAGAUUUAUAGCCAAUGAUGGACUUUUGAGACACCCAUGGUUCAUUAAAAUUGUGGCUCUAAUUUAGGGACUUCUUUUUUAUGAAAAGAAACAGUUUUAGGCGUUGGAUUA